CAACACUACUUAAAACACUGCAUAUUUGAUAUAAGAUCUGGCGAUAAAUAACCGAAGAAUUUUUCAUGUUUAUAAACUACAAAUAUUUCACUUUAGAAAAAAAUACACGACUCAAUGCGCGUGUAGAAUUUAAUGUGAUAAAACCAAACUCAAUUUUACGCUCGGGUAUAAAUAGAAGUAUUUGUUAGGAUAAGUUCAUUACCGUUUAGUUGCCCAAAGCGCGAACACCAACUGAAAAUGACCGAAUACGAUUAUACAGAUAUUGUACGCGAACUCGCGCAGAAAGAAAAUGUUCAGGAUCCUAAACUAGAUUUCCUCUACGCGUCUCAGAAAGGCGAUGGUUUUUUGGGCAUUGUGCGUGCGGUGACAUUAACCGGCAGUAAUAAAUCUUUGGAUUUGGUGAUGAAGGUUGCGCAUCGUAAUCCGGAAACUCAUGAAAAAGUUCCUCUACGAUUAGCUUACUUGACAGAAAUCCACUUUUACGAAGUGAUUGUGCCUGCUUUGAAAAAAUUACAAGAAGAAUAUAAUAUCCAACCUACUUUUGAUAAUAUACCAAAAUACUAUGGAAGUAUCUCAAAACCUCUCAACGAAUUAGUUGUACUGGAAAAUUUACGCAUGGAUAAAUACGAUAUGUGGGACCGCAAGAAGUUGAUGAACCAAGAACAUUUAGAAUGCGCGUUGAAAACUUUUGCAAAGUUUCACGCACUGUCUCUUGUAUUGAAGGAAACAAAACCAAAAGAAUAUAAAAGAAUAACAGCAAAUUUAACAGAUAUCUAUGAGAAAUUCAUGCAAAAAAUGAAUAUGUAUCCGCAAUUAUCCGCACAAAUUAAAUCGCUUUUGGAUAUUUUUGAUCCAAUCACUGAAAAAACUUAUCAUGAAAAACUAGCGCGCUUCGCGGAUAAUCUUCAAGCCGAAAUGGAGUCUACUUUCUACUAUCACGACUACGAUGUUAUCAUCCAAGGAGACAGUUGGUGCACAAAUGCAAUGUACCAAUAUUUGGAUGAUAAUCGCACAAAACCAAAUCGGAUGAAAUUAAUUGAUUUUCAGUGCGUUAAAACGGCUUCGCCUGUCAUGGAUUUAGUGAAUUUCUUCUACACAAUUACCGGGAAAGAAGACUUGGAUAAUUUGGACCAUUACAUGCAUUUGUACUAUAAUACGCUGAAGAGUGAAACGAGCAAAUUUAAUUUUAAUAUUGAGAAUACGUUUUCGUUUGAGAGAUUCCAAAAGCACUGGAAAUCAGUGGGAAAAUUUGGGUUUAUUGUUGCAUUCAUGGCGCGUAAAGCAAUGCAGACAGAAAGCGAAGGUACACCGGAUGUCGACAGCGACGAUUUCUUGCAAGGAUUCGAUCUUGCUCCAGAAAAAGCCUUAUUUUAUCGAGCACAGAUGAAAGAUUUAGCUAAGCAUGUAAUAGACAGGAAUUUUAUAUAAAUAUGUAUUAGUUCAAUUAAAUCUAAUAUAUAAAUAUAGUAUAAAUAUAUCACUAGAAUGAAAAUAAGAGUGUAUGAUAAAGAAAUUUUUAUGUACUAGACAUAGCAAAAAUUUGGUAUUGUUUAAAUAAAUCUUUCGACCUUGAAUAAAAUUAAAUCGAAAUGAAA